UACGAGGACGCCUUCAGCCGUUUCGACAACAGAACAGCGCUCAAAUAAAAGUCUUUGAUCUCGUGUGUUUGCAUUUGAGAGAUUUAGCCCGUUCGGUGACGUCACGCCCGUGCCGCGUGCUGCUUUUAGAACGCGUGCCGGGAGCCUCCAUCCUUCCCAUUAAGCGCGUUCAAGUUUUGAAAGCAAACAGCGAAGAUGCUCUGGACUUUAUCUGUGAAACACCUCAGGUUGAUUUUGAGCUGUGCGGUGUUUUCUGUCGUCUUUCUGGCUUUAACGCGCGCCACUCCCUGCAGUGAGCGGCAGUUCCAGUGUGGGAAUGGGAAAUGCAUCACCCGCCGCUGGGUCUGUGACGGCAUGGAUGACUGCGGAGACGGAUCUGAUGAGCUAUCUACCACCUGCAGUGAGAAGAAAUGUCUGUCGUCAGAGUUCAGCUGUGGUGGGCGGUUGAACCAGUGUGUGUCCUCUAGGUGGCGCUGUGAUGGAAAGGCUGACUGUGAGAAUGGCGCAGACGAGGAGGGCUGUGUGCCAAAGAACUGCUCGGCGGGCGAAUUCCGCUGUGGCACCGGCCAGUGUGUGUCGGUGAUGUUUGUGUGCGACGAGGAUGCCGACUGCUCUGAUGGCAGCGACGAGGCGGCAUGUGCCGCCCGCACCUGCACUCCAGGCUCGUUCCAGUGCCAUGAUGGCGUGUGCGUGCCCCGCCUGUGGGCAUGCGACGGUGAUGCCGAUUGCGCCGACGGCUCUGACGAGUGGCCACAGAACUGCAAGGGGCAGCAGGCCCCGCCCCCCAAGCCCUGCCGCGACCAGGAGUUCCACUGCGGCAGUGGCGAGUGCGUGCAUGGCAUGUGGCUCUGCGACGGGGGCGAUGACUGCGUUGACCGCUCCGACGAGACCAAUUGCAGUAGGCCUACCUGCCGGCCCGAUGAGUUCCAAUGUAACGAUGGCGCCUGUGUCCCUGGCAUUCGGCAGUGUGACGGUGAAUUCGACUGCAGGGACAUGAGCGAUGAGAAUGACUGUGCUAGUGUGAGCAAGUGUGAGGGUCCAGAGACCUUCCAGUGCCGCAGUGGAGAGUGCAUCAGUGUGGAGCAAGUGUGUGACGCACAGAGGGACUGCCGAGACUUGUCAGACGAGCCCCUGAAAGAAUGCAAUACCAACGAGUGUCUUAAAGACAACGGCGGCUGCUCACACACCUGCAACGACCUGAAGAUUGGCUACGAGUGUCUCUGUCCUGAUGGCUACCGCUUGGUGAACGCCAAACACUGUGAAGACAUCGAUGAAUGUGCCAACCCUGACACCUGUUCUCAGGUGUGCAUGAACCUGCCGGGCAGCUUUAAGUGCGAGUGUGAGGCGGGCUACGAGAUGGACCCAAUGACCAAAGAGUGCAAGGCUGUCACAGGAAAUGUUCCAUACCUGUUCUUCACCAACCGUCACGAGGUGAGGAAGAUGAAGAUGGACAAGAGUGAGUACACAUGUCUGAUUCCACAACUGAAGAAUGUGGUGGCGCUUGACAUGGACAUGUCCAGCGGCAAGAUCUUCUGGUCUGAUCUCUUCCACAAAACGAUCUACAGCACCGGACUGGACAAAGCUGCUAACUCCUCCCAGCAUAGCACUGUGAUUGACAGUCGUAUCUUCACUCCUGAGGGCUUGGCUCUUGACUGGAUUCAUGGCAACCUCUACUGGACUGACAGCACAUUCAGAACAAUAUCCGUGGCAACCACCGACGGAACCAAGCGCAAGACUCUCAUCUCAGAUGGGCUUAAAAAGCCACGUGCCAUUGUUGUAGACCCACAGCACAAUUUCAUGUACUGGACAGACUGGGGCAACCCAGCCCAGAUUGAGAAGUGUGGUUUGAACGGGGCAGACCGAUCCGCUCUGGUCACCAGUAACAUCCUCUGGCCCAACGGUAUCACGCUAGACAUGGUGAAUCAGCGGUUGUACUGGGUCGACUCCAAACUUCACACUCUGUCCAGCAUUGGGGUCAAUGGUGAGAGGAGACACACGCUCAUCAUUGAUGGGAGGAAGCUUGUUCAUCCACUCUCACUGACUGUGUUUGAGGAGAAAGUGUUCUGGACAGAUGUAUCUAGUAAUGCUAUCAUGAGUGCGAAUCGGCUGACAGGAAAAGACAUCAUGAUUGAGGUUGAGAAUCUGGUAGGACCGGAGGACAUUGUGGUUUACCACAACCUCAAGCAGCCCAACGGUACAAACUGGUGUGAGAAAGGUGACCGGCUGAAUGGUGGCUGUGAGUACCUGUGUCUCCCAGCGCCGCAGGUGAACGAACACUCCCCCAAAUACACCUGCACAUGCCCUGAUCACAUGACUCUGGGCCCCGACAUGAGGACGUGUGUGACAGUGACAGUGACAACAGCAGUGGUUUCGCCCCGAUUCUCAGUAGGCAGGGCUACUGUCAGAUCACCGGACCCCAUCCUCACCACCACCUCUUCCACAGCAAAAGCCUGGCUUACAGCAAGAGCCGUUGACCCCGAGCUUCAGAAAAACCUUCCUAAGGACACGAACACAGCUGAAGCUGAAGGGUCAAGUGAUGGGUUUGUAGCAAUCGCUAGCUCUUCCCAGCACCCUGUUGCACUGUAUGUCAUCCUUCCCUUAGUUGCUGUGUGUCUGACAGUGUUUGGCGCUGUGUUGCUCUGGCGACAGUGGAGGCUGAAGAACACCAACACCAUACACUUCGAUAACCCCGUGUAUCAGAAGACCACAGAGGACCAGGUGCACAUCUGCAGGAGCUCCAGUCAGGACGGCUACAUGUACCCAUCGCAUCAGAUGUUCAGUUUGGAUGAGGAGGAAGACAUUGCAUGAUUGCUUUCUCAGGAAGAUUCAACUAGUUCCGUGUGAAGGCAAAUCCGAAAGACCGAAGAGACAUAAAUGUGAAAGAAAAAAAUUCUGAAUGUGAAGAAACUUUUGUCAGAAACCGAAGGAUGUCACAACUAUGGAAACAAGUUGAGCCACCACACUCAGCUGAGGUUCCAUUUUAGUAAGAAUGUUUGAAUUAAUGCUACAAGAUGUUACAGCUAUGAGCUUUCCAUGUCUUGGGGGCAUGGACAUGACUGCCCAUGGGAAGGCCAUGCAAAACAAUAGAAGUCUCAUGGCACACUUCUCUGUAGCAGUAACAACGCUAUUUUGCAUAUACAACCUGAGUAAUUUAAGCAAGACAGAGGUUGUAGAUCUAAUUAGAAUCUUAAUUCCCCUUAAUACGAUCUAGUUAGAAUCUGAAUUGCUCUGUCCUGUCCCGUGUCUUUAAAGAAGACUGCAUAUGUUGGUAACACUUUUGAGAGAAACUCAAUGAGGAUGACAUGACACAUUAAUAAGCCACAUGGCAUGGAAGGCACUCACAACGGUGUGUACAUGGCUUCAGCUGUCCACCUCUGCAUAUGCAGAUGUUUACAAUCACUUAUGAAUAAGUAGCGUUUGUGUUAUUGCGGACCAAUAGCAUCUCAGGGCUUUACUUAAAAGUGCUACCAACUUGCACAUUGCAUACUUGUUUAUAAGUAAUAUCCAGUUGCAUUCUUCUUUUAUAUGAAGAUUUAUCGCUCUUUACCUUUUGCUAUUUAUUUGCCUUUACUUGAAAUUGUCAUGUUAAAUCACAACAUUUAGAUUACAUCGCAGUUACUAUAUUUCUCUGAACUAUUUCUCUAGAUUACAGACAUCAUUCUCUCUGUAAAAAUGACAGUAACUGAAGCUUCAUUAACAACCAUUUAUCUGAUGGUCAUCAUGGCACCAAAAAACCCCCAACAAAACCCACUAAGAGGACUAGACUAACAAACCAUGAACUUUCCAAAGGGACAUUACACUCCAGGGAGGCCAUUCAGGGAAUUAGAUGGUUUGGAGGUGUUGACGUUUUGCACUUGAAGCGCACAAUUCAUUACCUCUGUGUGAAGAAAUAGGGCGAAACACAAGUUUUUCAAUAUUUUCUAUGAAUGUUCAAUUGUGGUUUUUGUCAGUGUGCAUUAGCGUGCCUAUGUGCCUGUUCAAGCCCGUUGGUAGCUUCACUAGAUACAUGGCAUAAUGCUUUGUCUUGGUCGAAACUUGCCUUACGAUGAGAUGAUUGCAGAAUGCCUUAAACGCUGUAUAUGAAGCUUACUCUCAGGUUAUGAAAUGUGUGUGCACAUAGAGGUGGACACUAAGGUAAGGUCUCUCAUCUUGUUAAUCUCACCUGAUAGCUUUAUUAGUGUAAACUUGUUUUUAGUUUUGGGAGAAAUCUUAAGAUGUUUAAGAGUGUGUAAUUGGACAUUUAUGUUAGCAAGAUUACUGAUUUUCUAGACUUGAUUAAUUGUCUGCAAGUUUACUCUUGAAAGUUUAUUUGAGAGAAAAAAUCACUAUGAUAUUCACUUGUUACAGUGAACAAAUGAAGAAUUCAUAACCUGAUGUAAAUGCAGGAAGUCAUAAAUGUAAAAAGUAUGUAUAUAAUGCCUCUGUAAAUAACCUUCUGUUGCAUGGUGUUUUUAUUGAGUUUAUUUUAAAUUUCAGACUUUUAUAAAUAUGAGAAUGUACGUUAUUUAUUGCAACAUAACUAUAAAAAAAUUGUUCUUGAGUUUUCCUCUUGGGUUUCUGUGCUUUGUGUGGAAGCUUGAUAAAACACUGCAAGACAAUACUACAAUAUGGGAAUUAAGAUGAGCAUAUUAACCACAUACUUUAUUCAUAUUUUAUGAACCUCACAUAAAACCACAUUUCUACAGAAGACUAACAGAUGAAUCACAAGGUGGAAAACAGACUGUAAUACUUGUGCCUUUAGGGAAGAUUGUUAAUGGAAAUUUUAAUUCUAUACCUGAUUUUAUGGAAAGCAAAGAUUUUUACAAUACUUCAGCAUCAGUUAUUUUGGUCUUAUUCAUAGCUUCUGUCAAAUAAACAUGUUUAAAGACUGAA